CCUCCGUGGACAUCAGUCGUUAUUUUGCGAUCGUGGCUAACGCGUGCUACGUGCUGAAAAAUGGAUCUCGAGCGCGUCCUGGAAAAGUGUGGGAACUUUGGGCCCUACCAGAUCCUGUUACUGGGCCUCUACGGAUGGACAAACAUUGUGUCCUCGCUGCACUACUUCUCCCAGACCAUCAUCAGUUUUACGCCCUCACACAGAUGCUCUGUUGCGUUAAACCAAAUUCCAGAUAACUAUACGGAACUGACAAGUUGCAGUCUUAGAGUUUAUGAUGCAGACGUUAGCUCAUAUCGUGAAACAAAGUGCAACGCUUGGGACUUUGAAAGGGAAAGUGGCUACGAGAGCAUCACCACCGAGCUCGGAUGGGUCUGUGACGACGCCUACAAACUGGCAGUGGGUCAGUCCUUUUUCUUUAUCGGCUCCGUCCUGGGCAGUAUUUUCUUCGGGUAUCUGGCAGAUCGGAUAGGGCGGCUACCAGCCUGCGUCCUGACCACCCUGACUGGAGCUUCCGGAGAUUUCUUUACCUCCUUUGUUAACAAUCUGCCUUGCUUUUGCCUCACGCGAUUUGUUUCCGGGCUAUCCACGGAUACGCAAUAUGUCCUUAUGUAUAUUUUGGUGUUUGAGUACCUGAGCCCAAAGCACCGCACCUUCGGACUGAAUAUCAUCCUGGGGGUGUUCUAUUGCAUCGGUUUGAUGAUCUCCCCGUGGAUGGCCAUUUACUUGGGUAGCUGGAGAAGCUACCUCUGGGCCGCAUCUCUGCCAGCUCUGGGAAUGCUGUCCUUCCCAGUAUUCCUCCACGAGAGCGUCGAGUGGCUGCUGACCAAAGGAAAGUUCGACAAGGCGGUUAACAAUCUUAAGCGCAUUGCCAAAUUCAAUGGACGCCAAGUAGAGGACUCUGUAUUCGACGAGUUCAUUAAACAUUAUCGCGAAAAACUAAAAUCGGUGGAGAUCAAGUCCUCAGAUACUUUCAUGGGCAUGCUGAGGACACCAAGACUGAGAAAAUUUACCAUAAUCCUCUUGAUCAAAUCAAUGAUUGUCACAAUUGCCUUUGAUAUCCUGAGCCGUAAUGUGGAAGGCGUUGGUAUCUCUCCCUUUAAGCUUUUCUCCUUCACAGGAUUCUGUUACCUGCCCGCAGGACUAACAAUCAUAUUGUUUCAAAAUAAGAUUGGCCGGAAGGGCAUGGCCUGCUCCUCGCUUUUUGUAGGCGGAAUCAUCACUACAGUUACGGGAUAUCUGCUGGCUACCCUCAGUCCGGAGCAACACUCCCUAAUCCUGGCCUUCAUGGUGGGUCUGGGACGGUUCGGUGCGGUAGUGGCCUAUGACGCAGAGGCCCAGUAUGCGGCGGAGAUCAUACCAACCAGCGUCCGGGGUAGAGGCGUGGCCAACAUCCAUGUGGUGGGCAAUGGAUUCGGGUUCUUCAGUUCGUACAUCAUUUUUCUGGGUACGAUCUUCAAGCCCCUGCCCUCCAUGCUCAUUAGCGUUCUGCUCUUUAUUGGGGCGGCCCUGUGUCUCGUUCUUCCAGAAACCCUGAACAAGCAACUACCACAGACCCUGGAGGAGGGCGAGACAUUCGCCAAAGGCGAGAAGUGGUACUACUUCCCUUGUUUUUCGAGAAGACAACAAAAUACCAAAUCAACAGCUCAGCUGGAAGAUGCCAAUGAAUUUAAUAAGUAGUUAUAAUAAGUGUACAUAAACAAAAUAAAAUAUAAUACUCCUUAAUACCCUCACAAUAAUAACACAAACCUUAA